AUCUUUUAAACUUCACAGAAAUGGGUAAGGAAAAGACUCACGUUAACGUCGUCGUUAUUGGCCACGUCGAUUCCGGCAAGUCCACCACCACCGGUCACUUGAUCUACAAGUGCGGAGGUAUUGACAAGCGUACCAUCGAGAAGUUCGAGAAGGAAGCCGCUGAACUCGGUAAGGGUUCCUUCAAGUACGCCUGGGUUCUUGACAAGCUCAAGGCCGAGCGUGAACGUGGUAUCACCAUCGAUAUUGCUCUCUGGAAGUUCGAGACCCCCAAGUUCAUGGUCACCGUCAUUGAUGCCCCCGGUCAUCGUGAUUUCAUCAAGAACAUGAUCACUGGUACCUCCCAGGCCGAUUGCGGUGUCCUCAUCAUUGCUGCCGGUACCGGUGAGUUCGAAGCUGGUAUCUCCAAGGAUGGUCAGACCCGUGAGCACGCUCUUCUUGCCUUCACCCUCGGUGUCCGCCAGUUGAUCGUUGCCAUCAACAAGAUGGACACCACCAAGUGGUCCGAGGCCCGUUACAACGAAAUCGUCAAGGAAGUUUCCUCCUUCAUCAAGAAGAUCGGUUUCAACCCCAAGUCCGUUCCCUUCGUCCCCAUCUCCGGAUGGCACGGAGACAACAUGUUGGAGGAGUCCGUCAACAUGGGUUGGUUCAAGGGAUGGACCAAGGAGACCAAGGCUGGUGUCAAGUCCGGAAAGACCCUCCUCGAGGCCAUCGACAACAUCGACCCUCCCGUCCGUCCUUCCGACAAGCCCCUCCGUCUUCCCCUCCAGGAUGUCUACAAGAUCGGUGGUAUCGGUACUGUUCCCGUCGGUCGUGUCGAAACUGGUGUCAUCAAGGCUGGUAUGAUCGUCAACUUCGCCCCCGCUGGUGUUGUCACUGAAGUCAAGUCCGUCGAAAUGCACCACGAACAGCUCGUUGAGGGUCUCCCCGGAGACAACGUCGGUUUCAACGUCAAGAACGUUUCCGUCAAGGAUAUCCGUCGUGGUAACGUCUGCUCUGACUCCAAGAACGACCCCGCCAAGGAGUCCGGUUCCUUCACUGCCCAGGUUAUUGUCCUCAACCACCCCGGUCAGAUCGGUGCUGGUUACUCUCCCGUUCUCGAUUGCCACACUGCUCACAUUGCCUGCAAGUUCGCUGAGCUCCUCGAGAAGAUCGACCGUCGUUCCGGUAAGAAGAUGGAAGAUGCCCCCAAGUUCAUCAAGUCUGGUGACUCCGCCAUCGUCAAGAUGGUUCCCUCCAAGCCCAUGUGCGUCGAGGCCUACACUGACUACCCCCCUCUCGGUCGUUUCGCCGUCCGUGAUAUGCGUCAGACCGUUGCCGUCGGUGUCAUCAAGGCCGUCGAGAAGGUCGACAAGGCCUCCAAGGUCACCAAGGCUGCUGCCAAGGCUGGCAAGAAGUAAAUUACCCUUUUACUUCAAGUCAACUCAUUUUAAAAUUGCAUUUCCUUGCUAUUUGUGUUAAUAAAGAUAAACAAACAAUAAUCUUUCCUAAAA